GGGACAGGCACGGAUUGAAAUUUAACCAUCUCAGGGGUUUGGGUGAGCUCCUCAAAGAGGCGGUAUGCCUCACUCACUGUCCUGACCAAAGCGUGGUCCGAAGGGGAAGUCGCCCUCCUUGGGGAACAGCCAGAGAUGUUCAGGGUCACAGUGCUGGGGAGGGACCCCUGCAAGCCCUCAGCUGCGGCCUUCUUGGUCAAGCAGAUGUGGGGAACUUCCCAAGGUCAUGCAGCAAGGCCAGCACGAUGGUGCUCCCAGCGUUCCUGCACCCAGAAAAGUCAGAAUGAGGCAGGCCAGGUCUCCAAGUCAGAGGGCACCAGGCAAUCUCCCAUCAACAUCCAGCGGAGGGACAGUGUCUACGACCCCCAUCUGCAGCCGCUCAGAGUGUCCUAUGACCCCGCGUCCUGUCGGUGCAUCUGGAACACCGGCUACUUCUUCCAGGUAGAAUUUGACGAUGCUGCUGAGCAGUCAGGGAUCAGCGGGGGGCCUUUGGAAAACCACUACAGACUGAGGCAGUUCCACUUCCACUGGGGAGCAGUGGACGAGCGGGGCUCGGAGCACACGGUGGACGGCCACGCGUACCCGGCCGAGCUGCACCUGGUUCACUGGAACGCUGUGAAGUACCCAGCUUACGAGGAAGCUGUCCUGGGGGAGAAGGGCCUGGCCGUGCUGGCCGUGUUCCUGCAGGUGGGGGCCCGCCACGAGGCCCUGCAGAGGCUGGUGGACGUCUUGCCAGAAAUAAAGCACAAGGACAUGCGGGCGGCCAUGGGCCCCUUCAGCCCCUCCUGUCUGCUGCCUGCCUGCCAGGAUUACUGGACCUACUCGGGCUCCCUCACCACCCCGCCCAUGGCAGAAUCUGUCACCUGGAUCAUCCAGAAGCAGCCCGUCGAGGUGGCUGCAAGCCAGGUCUCCGCCUUCCGGGAGCUCCUGUUCUCCCCGCUCGGUGAAGAGGAGGAGAUCAUGGUGGACAACUGUCGCCCACGCCAGCCCCUGAUGGGCCGGAGGGUCCGCUCGUCCUUCAGGCCACUGAAGUGGGGAUGAGGUCCUAGAACCAUCAUGUCCACAUAGUAGGCAGCGCGGACCGUGCGAGGGCUCCCACUCUGCUGACUGUGCUUCUCGGAUUAAAAGAGAGGAAGAGUGUUGUCCCCAU